GGGUUUUCUUCGCUGUAGCCGUGAUCUCAGAAUGCACGUUGUUAUAGUUGCUGCAGUUUCAGAAAACAAACAACGGAAACAAUCAUGGCAGAUAAUUUAUUUUUUAUGCAAAGAUAUUUAGGCAGUGAUGAUGAAGAUUCUGUUGAUUUCUCUGAGAAUAUUGAAAAAGCAGAGAACCUAAAUACUUCUAAAGAAAAACGCUAUGAAUCCAAACAAGAAAAGGCGCAUUUAUCUGAGACAACUGGUGAAGAAAUUCAGAACCAUUUAAUUAGUUAUACAGAGAAUGAUAUACAGUAUUUAAAUGAAAGCAAUAAGAAAACUUUUCAAAUUCCUUCUUCAGAAGAAGAGAAUAAACCAAGUAAUGAAAAGAAAAGUAAAAAAUCACCUAAAAAAAGCUCAGAGGAACCUAAACAAAAGAAACUACGUUUAUCUGAGACAGUCGGUAAAGAAAUUCAGAACCAUUUAAUUAGUAAUACAGAAAAUAGUAAACAAUAUUUAAAUGAAAGUAAGCAGGAAACUCUCCAAAUUCCAUUCUCAGAAGAAAAGAAUAAAACAAGUAACGAAAAGAAAAGUAAAAAAUUAUCUAAAAAAAAUUCAGAUGACUCAAACACUUUAAAAGAAAAUAGUAAAUCAAAAGAAGAUAAAAGACCAGACUCUCAAAAUGAGACAGAGAACAAUAAUGAAGCUUUUUGCACAAUAGGCCAAAUAAAAGAUAGGAAUAUUGAAAAAAUCAAACCUGUUUUACCAAAAUGGUUAAGUAAUCCUACAAUCAUAGGGAUUGAUUUGGAUGAAUGUAAAAUUCCUGUUUCAGACGUUCCAUAUUUAGAUGAUGUCUCAAAAAAGAAUUUGCAAGAAGCUGGAAUUAGUUAUUUGUUUCCAGUUCAGUCUGCAGUUAUACCAUGGUUACUUCAAAAUGAUCAGCACUGCUUAUCCAAACGUCCAUCUGAUUUAUGUGUUUCUGCUCCUACAGGAAGUGGCAAAACUCUGGCAUUUGUUUUGCCUAUUGUACAAUCUUUAAAAAGUAGGACCGUAACAGCUGUGAGAGCAUUAGUAGUUCUUCCUGUUGGUGAAUUAGCCAUUCAGGUUUACAAAGUAUUUGAAAUGUUUGUUCGAGAUACGGAUCUUAAAGUUGUUCUCCUCACAGGUCAGAAAUCAUUUGCUGCAGAGCAGAAUGCUGUAGUAAGACAAGGAAUCAGAAAGACUGUUAGUCUUGUUGACAUAAUAGUCACUACACCUGGCAGAAUACUUGAUCAUAUUUCUAGAACGAAAGGAUUUUCUCUUGAACAUUUAAGAUUUCUUGUAAUUGAUGAAGCAGACCGAAUGAUGGACGACAUACAAAAAGGAUGGUUGAAACAAAUAGAGAGUGCUGUAUAUAGAGAUUGCAGUUCACAUAAUUGUCUAUGUUACUCAGUUGGAGGAGAAAGAAUACCAUUUAUGCCAUCAACUGCAUGUCAUUACGGGUACAUCAAUGAACCUUUACAGAAAUUACUUUACUCAGCAACACUUUCUCACGAUCCUGAAAAACUCCAUACACUCUCUUUGUAUAAACCAAAAUUGUUCACCACUGAAGCCAAGUCAGAAGGAUGGAUUGGUAAAUGCUCUAUCCCAGAAAACUUAACUCUGUAUUAUACUGUUUGUAAAAGUGAUACCAAGCCAUUAGUUCUUUGCCAUUUUAUUAAGAAAAACCAAUUCAAAAAAGUUCUUUGUUUUAUGGAUAGUAUAGAACGAGCACAACGUUUGCAUUACAUCUUAGAAGAAAUGGGUAUCCUUCGAGUACGUGAAAUAUCUUCAGUCAACAGACCUGUACAGCGUAAAAUAAUUCUAGAACAAUUCAGUGCUGGUAAGCUGGAUCUUUUAGUUUGUUCAGAUUUAGUGGCUCGAGGAAUAGAUAUUGAAGAUGUGGAUUGUGUCAUUUCCUAUGAUGUUCCUCUUCAUGUUAAAAGGUAUGUACAUAGAAUUGGAAGGACAGCUAGGGCAGGAAAGAAGGGUACAGCAUUGACAUUACUUACUGAAGUUGAAAGUUCAUCCUUUAAAAAGAUGUUAAAAUCUGCUGGGAUGCCUGUACCAAUGCAUAUAGACGUUGCUAACGAAGAUUUAGAAGUGUAUGUUGAAUCAUUUAAAAAUGCACUUACAAUUGCUGAUUCAAAAAUCCGGAAAUUAAAAGCAAAUGCCAAAAAUUAUUCAAAAGUGAACAAGGAAGGAAAUAUUCAGAAGAAAUUGCAACUACAGAAGUCCUUAAAGAAUUCUUCAAGUCCAAAAACUACUACAUAAAAAUUUCGUUUGGAAACCAAAAGAAUGCAUCUGACAAAUGCAUGUACAGAAUUCAAAAUAUUCUUAUUCUGUAAAUAAAAAGGACUAAGAUUUGUGCAGUUUUUAUGCAGCAAUUCAAAUAUUUUUUGUCAAUAAAAUAUUUUGG